AUGUCUGACGAUGGGCGAUCCGACUCGAGCUCGGAGGGCGAAGACCUCACGACUACAGGCCUCAUCGCAACGCGCGCCAAACGUGCCACAGCCGGAAACUUGUAUGCAACGCUGCGCGCAAACCUUGACGACGAAGAGUUGCAGAAGGAGCUAUUAGCCGAAGACGAGGACGAUCAAGGCGAAUAUGAAGCAUCCGACAAGGACGAUGAUGAUGCCGCGAUGGAGUCGUCCAGCGAUGAGGAGGACGCUGGGCCGCCGAAAGAGGGCGACAAGGAGGACUUGGAGGGAGAGAAGGCGCUGAAGCGCGCAGAGAGAGCCGAGGCCAAGAAGAAGAGAAAGAUGGAGGAAGCCAAGAUGCGAGUGCCUGCCUUUGCGAGAGCGAAGAAGCGCGUCAAAUUGGCAGACGAUGUCAAGGCAGAUGAUGGUAGCGCACCGAAGAAGCCCAAGAAGAAGAGCGAGAGAUCAGACUGGAGACCGACUGGUGCAGAUGCGCCCAUACGGCAGUCCUCGCGCGCUGCUGCAGUCGCAAAUCGGGAAGUGGUACAUGCGAAUCUGAAGGAGUCGUUGGUACGAUCCGAGAAGCAAAAGAAAGUCAUGGCAAAUCACCAUGCGCGGGAGCAGUUCAAAAAGCGGAUGGAGCUUUCACAAGAGGAGCGACUGGCCAAGACGGCGAGAAUCGAAAAGGAGACUGCGAGAGAAUUCGGCAGAUGGGAGAGAGAAGAGGCAGAAAGACAGAGGCUUCGAGACGAAGCACUAGCAGCGAAGAGGAACAGAGGUCUAGAUGGUCCAGUCAUCAAAUACUGGAGUGGCAGCGUGCUGUGGGAGGGUGACAAGAUCAAGAGGAAGAGGCUACAUGGCAGUAUCAACGUGGACGACAUCAGUGACGAGCCAACGAAGACCGGUGAGGCUAGCAGCAUUAACGGCAAUGAGCUGAAUAACGCUCUCGCCAACUUUACUGCUGGCAAGCUGACAGAUACUGCGCCGACUUCCAUGUCUGGAUCUGGACCAGGUACACCAGGCUUGACUGCGCCGAAGAACGUUGCUCCAGCAGUGACGGAGGCACCAUCACAGCCGGCAUCACAACAGCAGGCUCAGGCAAUUCAAGCACCUCCUCAAGCACAUUGGUUGGAUGGCAUCGAACAAUAUGCGUCCGACCAACCUGAAGCAGUGCUUACUGCUACGCUGGCUCAGACAGCUCCAAUGCCCCUGCAGCCGAAUCCUUACACGCCGAGUGCGCCGUCCAUAAACGCUGCGCCAGUACAGCAUCCGCCUCUGCAACCCAUAUCUCCAUAUCCACCGCCUGCAGCUGCACAAAAUGACCCGUUACAUCCUUCAACCACACAAUCAUACCACGCCUGGCCAUCAGGCUUUCAAGGAUCAAACACCAACCGGCCACAGCUACCAUAUGCAACAGCGCCGCCGCCACCCCCUCUACCAAAAGAGCAAGCACGACGGUCGCUAAUCAUUCUGGAACAAUUCGAACACCUGGAACUGUCCACCGUCGGUAGACGCAGCACAAGUAAGGCUUCGAAGGACGCGACAACAGACCCUACACCAGUAGCAUCCACUCUCCUACCUGAAUCAUAUCCGACCUUGACACCAGAUGAAACCCGCUACCUGGUCAACAAGAAAUGGAAGAAGGAAUUCCCACCGGCUCCUGAGAAGACCAAAUGUGCACUCACCGCGUGGCCAGCGAAGUUCAGAGAUCCCAAGACGGGACUGCCAUAUGCGGAUCUGCAGCAAUACAAGAUGAUACAGAGAUUGUUGAUGGGUGGCUGUCAAUGGAGUUCGUUCUUGGGCGCCUGGGUGGGGCCAUCUUAUGGUGACACUGGCAGGCCGGCCAAGGGCGUGCCGGAUGGGUUUGGUGUACCCAUUGAGGAAGCUGUGGUGAGACAGGGUAGCGUGGGAGAUACCAAGAUGGAGGAUGUGUAG